ACAUUAUCGCCUCCCUCGACUAGGGGUCGGCCAUGGAGGGUAUCCCCUUGUUGUCAGUGUACCUCUGGAGAGUGGGUGGGGAGUACAUACAACAACUCGACAGACACCCUGCUCUACAUGUAUGAACGGUAGUGUGUGCUCAUUCAUAUAGAAGAGACCAUCUCGACUUAUAUCUACUUGUCCCAUUCGCUCCACCCCCAUCGAACCUGUUUACUUCUUCCCAUGCAGUAUCAAUAUCCUCUUGCUUGGUGAUCCAUCUUUUUCCAUAUUAACACCUAUUUACCCACGCCAGUCAACUUCCUCUUUCUUAAUAGACAAGACCUUCUAUACUGUGUUCGAGACCAGAGCCCAGACCGUUGUCGUCCCGAUUUGCCUUAUGUGCCCUUGCUAGAACGAAAAUUUGUAUAUCACGCUUUCGUUAUAUUGCAUAACCUAACAUGACAGUCUCACUUCCGCCACAGUCCAAUUCAUCCAAGGACGCCCAGACAGCUCGUAAGAGGAGAAGAAGGGCCCCUGCUGGAGGAGCUGCCGAUGACUGCUUUACAUGCAUCAAGAGGAACACUAAAUGCGAUAGGCGGCGACCCUACUGCUCGCAAUGUCUCGAAAUUGGGAAUGAAUGCUCCGGUUAUAAGACUCAACUGACCUGGGGAGUCGGUGUGGCGAGCCGCGGGAAGCUAAGAGGACUAUCACUCCCUAUUGCGAAAGCACCACCAGUUGCACCUGUGGGGAAGAAGGCAGCAAGCCGGGCGCGAGCAAACACCGCAGCAGCUUCAACCCAGUGGAACGGCUCAGAAGAGGGGCCUCAAAGAGUUCACCGAGUCGAUGUCGAUAUAAGCAGAGACCAUACAGCCUCAGUUCCCGCGACUCCCUACGGAAGCUAUCCAGAAUACCCAAGGUUUCCACAUGGCGAGACACCAACAUCAGCCCCCCAAAGACCUUGGGGAGGCCUUCCAGCAUAUGCCGGCAACAUGAGCGCCCAUGACCAGUCCAGAUUCCAGAAGCUGAGCGGUUCAAUGGGCCAUUUCCCUCUAAUGGGUGAAUCGCUAUCGUCAUCCGUAGACUCACUCAGCGACGUUGACUACACCAUAUCCCCUGUGGGGCAGUCUUAUUCCAGAGAAGAGAUCCCUUUCGUUCACAGCCCGACCCUAAUGUACGAUAACUAUACGAGCCAGAAUUCGCCUGUUCCUCAGAGCCCGGCCUCUGCGAUAAUGAUCGACCAACGAGCUCCGACUUCAUGUCCCAGCCUAGUCUACGCGCCAUCGGAGCCGAGUAGCCUCAGCUCUCACCCGGAAUCCUUUGAGCCCCAGAUGGCUCAUAGGCUGGUCGCGGAUAGCGAUUCUCUAAGCGUCCCUGAGAUGGAGCCCUACAGCACGAGCCCACAUUCCGCCGGGGGUUCCCACUGGGCCUCAGCAAUUUCGAGGGAUGAUGAUGUAAACCCCCAUACCGCGGAACCAAACUCAGCUGGUGUAGCUCUACCGUACGAGAGUCAGUCGAUACAGGUUAGCCCCGAUCUCAUCGCCAAGAUGCCAUUCUUCAUGGACUAUUACGAGAAUAUUAUGUGUCAAUCCAUGGUUCUUGUAGAUGGCCCCAACAAUCCGUACCGAGAUCAUAUCUUGCGCUUGGCAUCGGGUAGUCGAAGUCUGCAACAUGCUAUCUGCGCCCUAUCGGCCUGCAACCUGAGGAUGAAGAGAAGGCUAAGCCUUGGUCAACGCGCUAGGGACCCGGAAACUAACAGCUCUGAACGGCUCUCCGAUGUGCAGUCGGACCAUCAUUCCUUAUCGGAAGAACAUCAACAUCGCAACUUAGCUGUUCACCUCCUGAAUCAACAACUAAACGACCCCUCAAAAUCAUGCCAUGAUUCCGUUUUGGCUACUAUCCUACUUCUCUGCCACUACCGCAUGGUUGAGUCUGGAGUUGCGAAAUUCCAUACACAAUUUGCUGGAGUGAAGAAGAUAUUGAGUAUGCGAGGUUCAGCCCCCUAUCAAGGGUCGAGUGAGUCUUCUUGGAUGGAGGCUAUAUUCACCUACUUCGACUCCAUUUCAGCGAGCAUCAACGAUCGCGAGGCGCAGCUUAACCACACAUUCUAUGGACUUCCGCCAGACGCUAAUCUACUACCACCGGGGGCCGAGAACCUAGUUGGCUGUGAUAGAGAGCUUUUCAAGACGAUUAGCAAGCUUGGCCGUCUUAACCUCUUAUCGCAGCACUUGCCUGUCCAAAAUGUUCUUACUACGCCGACCGGGCGCGUUGGAACACCAUCGGCCACUUCUCCUAUUGGCUCCCCGCUAGGCCAUUCAUUCAAGCACCCAGGUCCAUCAAUCGGCGAUUUCUUCAGCAUAAAUCACCACCGCUAUGAUGGCAACGGGUUUGCUUCGCAACUUGACGAUGAAGAGAUUUUAGCUACGGGGCUCUGUUCCUCACCACAAUACGAUGAACACCGCUCAACCUUCUGGCGCGAGUGGAGGGAUGCACGCAUGGCUCUUCAGAAUUGGGAAUUCGACCCUCAACGAGUGGCUGCUUCCCUACCCAACUCAGCGACACAAUCCCAAAUUCGCGACCUACAUUCGCUCUCCGAGGCCUUCCGCUAUGCAGCUCUCCUCUACACCGAGCGUUUGGCUUCGCCCAAUGUGCCUUCAAGCAAUAACAACUUCCGUAAUCUAGUCAGCCAGGUUGUUUACUACGCCACCUCACUUGAGGCUGGUAGCAGCGCUGAGAAGUUCUUGCUCUGGCCGCUUUUCGUCGCAGGCAGCGAAUGUGUUAAUGAGCUCCAACAGAACAUUAUACGCAACAAGGUUCGCGAAAUCAUGUCCCGUUCUGGUUACAUGAACAACCUAGCGGCAAUCGAGGUUCUGGAGCGGCUCUGGGCUGGCGAAUAUUACGAACCCCCUGCAACUCCUGGGGGCAAGCUAGGCUUGAGGCGCGGUUGUUUCAACUGGACCAAGUGCAUUGGCGGUCCUGGAGUUGAAGUAGAGUGGAUUAUGUUUUGAACAUAACACCAUCACUGAUAUGCACAUAUUCUAUAAAAGGAGUAACAAGUGUGAAUAUGAUGGAACUGGAAUACAUAGGGAUCAUAGAGGUUUAUACCCUUUUCUACCCCUUUCACUUCUACUAUAUAUUUUUAGCUCACCCAUUUUUGUCGAGUUUUGGAUGCUUUUUUCUUUUUAUAUAUUUCCCCCUCUUGUCACAAUUGUACUAUUAUAUACACCGCAUGUUGAUAUCCCCCCUGGCUUAUGGUUUUACGGCGGAUACGAAUGAGAACUGGUUACGGAUUUUUGCUUUGAAUAUUGGGAUGACUCUAUCAGAUAAGGGGAAAUGUCGGCUAGGAUAAUCGUUUAGAGGCGAACUUGGAGAUGUAAGAAGGGUUUUACGAUUUUCAGUUGUGGUUGUAGGAACUAGCUAGCUACGAAGUAGCAUAUGACAUUGCACGCCAGAUAUGAAGAGAGACAUACAUAGCGAAUGACGAGACAUGCAGAAAAGAAGAACAGAGCACAUUUCCCAUAAUUAACACGGUUCGUUACUUUGGUCUCGUGAUUUCUAACA